CUUCUUAAGUGUCUUCACAUCCCGUCAUCUUGUUCAAUCAUCUCAUGUUAAAUGGAAGGCGAUAUUUGUGAAGCAUUCAGAGAAUUCCUCACUGAGCAAACUGGGCACCACUUGUGUUAUAGGCAGUGAUAAGCAGGAAUCAAUAUUUAAUUUAACAUUUGUUUUUGAAUACCUCUUUGAGCACUGGACUGUGCUUGGUAAAAAGAAUUCAAUCUCUACCCUUGAUGGGGGAAAAAAAAAAAAAAAAAAAAAGUACUGCCAACAAAUCUAGUGCCCAGUGACAGAAAGUUCAGCCAUCUGGUGCUUAUCACCCAGGGCUGAUGGCCUGAUUUUGAAGAUCUGGGAGGAACAGACUUUUGAAAGCCUAGAUUAAUUCAACAAGACAGACACUUGGAAUAGGUCUGACUGGGGAGACUUCAUUUUCUUCUUUGUACCUGACCAUUUAUGAUGAAGUGGCUUGUGAAAGUGUGAGGUUGCUUAUUUCCUCACAGGGCAUUUUUGAAAAAGAAAGGUGUUGAACGGGCAAGCAGCAGUGUGGGAAGUAAGGCUGCAGUAAACACAGGUGUGAAAGAACCACUUGCCAUGGAAGCCAGGGAGCUGGAGAAUCCCACACCCACAUACCAUCUCAUUCCUGAGGCCAGCCAGCCCAGGGAGGAAGAAGGUGACCACAUGCUACCUCAGCAGGCCACAGAAACCAUGCAGCUGAAGAAGGAGAUCUCUCUGCUGAAUGGCGUCAGCCUGGUAGUGGGCAACAUGAUCGGCUCAGGAAUCUUCGUCUCACCCAAGGGUGUGCUGGUCUACACGGCCUCCUAUGGGUUGUCACUGGUCAUCUGGGCUGUUGGUGGGCUUUUCUCUGUUGUGGGUGCCCUUUGCUAUGCAGAACUGGGGACCACCAUCACCAAAUCUGGAGCCAGCUAUGCUUAUAUUCUUGAGGCCUUUGGGGGCUUCAUUGCUUUUAUCCGCCUCUGGGCCUCGCUGCUAAUUGUUGAGCCCACCGGUCAGGCCAUCAUCGCUAUCACUUUUGCCAACUACAUCAUCCAGCCCUCCUUUCCCACCUGUGAGCCCCCGUACCUGGCCUGCCGUCUCCUCGCUGCAGCCUGCAUGUGUCUGCUGACAUUUGUGAACUGUGCCUACGUCAAGUGGGGCACACGUGUGCAGGACACGUUCACUUACGCCAAGGUCCUGGCACUCAUUGCCAUCAUUGUCAUGGGCCUUGUUAAACUGUGCCAGGGACACUCUGAGCACUUUCAGGAUGCCUUUAAGGGUUCCUCCUGGGAUGUGGGAGACCUCUCUCUUGCCCUCUACUCUGCCCUCUUCUCUUACUCAGGUUGGGACACCCUUAAUUUUGUAACAGAAGAAAUCAAAAACCCAGAAAGAAAUUUGCCUCUGGCCAUUGGGAUUUCUAUGCCAAUUGUGACACUCAUCUACAUCCUGACCAACGUGGCCUAUUACACAGUGCUGAGUAUUUCUGAUGUCCUUGCCAGUGAUGCUGUGGCUGUGACAUUUGCUGACCAGACAUUUGGCAUGUUUAGCUGGACCAUUCCCAUUGCUGUCGCCCUGUCCUGUUUUGGGGGUCUCAACGCGUCCAUCUUCGCUUCAUCAAGGUUGUUUUUUGUGGGCUCCCGUGAGGGCCACCUCCCAGACCUCCUGUCCAUGAUCCACGUUGAGCGUUUCACACCUAUCCCUGCUUUAUUGUUUAACUGCACCAUGACCCUUAUCUACCUCACUGUGGAGGAUGUUUUCCUGCUUAUCAACUACUUCAGCUUCAGCUAUUGGUUCUUUGUGGGCCUCUCUGUCGCUGGACAGCUCUACCUUCGCUGGAAGGAGCCUGAUCGGCCACGACCUCUCAAGCUGAGCCUGUUUUUUCCCAUCGUGUUCUGCAUAUGCUCCUUGUUUCUGGUGAUUGUGCCCCUCUUCAGUGACACCAUCAAUUCCCUCAUUGGCAUUGGAAUCACCCUCUCUGGGGUCCCCAUCUACUUCCUGGGUGUUUAUCUGCCAGAGUCUCGGAGGCCACUCUUUAUUCGGAAUGUUCUUGCUGCUAUCACCAAAGUCACCCAGAAGCUUUGCUUUUGCGUCCUGACUGAGCUAGAUGUAGCUGAAGAGAGACAGGUCGAGAGGAAAACUGAGUAGAGGCCAGAGGUGAUAGCCCCAAGGCCUGCAGGGCUGCUACCUGUGGCCGCAGCCACCGAAGUCCAGAUUACAAGACUGUGUGGACCCAACCCUCUUGUGCUAAAGAAGGCCUGUUGGCCCACAUUAUGUAAGGUGGCUCAGGGCUGAUGGCCUGCUCAGGUGUUCACUCUCAUCGGUAAGCUAUUGUAGGAAUCUCAGGGUCUGGGGCCAGCCUGAAGGUGGGGACUUCAGAGGGUGGUGGUUGGAGAGGACUUGGGCAGUAGGGGAAUGGUGGUUCAGUUUUGUUCUGGCGAGUAGGUGCAGCCCUUCCAAACACUUACUUGGUGAGUUGCACUGGGGGAAGAGGGAGUGCUAGGUUAACAGCUGGGGCUGUUGGUUUCUGAAUUUGAUGUUUGAACCAGGAGUUUCUCUGAAGGGGCUGCUCUAUGGGAAGUUUUCCUCUGACCAGGUCCAAGCACCUGACUUUAGAGGUCUGAAAUGCUACCAUUUCUUCCUCUGGCUCAGAAUCCUUCCUUGGGGAGAGGGUUGUCUUCCAUUAUUUAUUGAUAUUAUUUAAUUCAGAACACCAGUUCCAGCAAAGCAUUGGUCUUCGUUAAUUUACAGGUUGUAAUAGGCUGAUUGUAUUUAAAAAUUGAAAGUACCCCAAAAUGAGUGCCUCUGACCUUAGAGGUAUCUAUGUGGUGGUUGGUCAGACUCUGACCGCAGAUUUUUUUGCUUAGUUUUAGCACAGUCUUCUGUUGAGUCUUACCUCCAGAGGUGAACUGUAAAGAUUUUUUUUACUCAUGUACUGGUUACACUUCAGUAUGUACAUAGGUCACAUGUUACCAGUCACCUGGCUCAAGUCCAGCAAGGACAGAUGAACAGAUGCCAGAGUCAGAAGCCUGGUAAAACUGCUACUUUGAAGGCUAAUCCUUUAUUUUACUUGAGACCUUACUUCUUUGCUCUAGUUGGCAAAAUGCAAAUCCCCAGUUUCUGGUAUGAAGUCUAAGAAGGCACAAACUGUCCUAGGAUUCAGGUGAAUCACUUGAAUUCUUUCAGCUGUCAAUGGCUUAGAGGCCAUUUCCGGGACCCAAGCUGACAAGUAAGUUGCUCCUCUCUGUAAGGGCUGCUCUGAGGGGCUGCUGUGCAGACCCAUGCAAGCCCACUGUGGUGCUAGAAGUGGUCAUUUUCCUGGAAACCUCAUAUCAGGCUGUAUCCUCCUCCUCGUCCCCGACACCAGACUGUUUACACUGAGCCACCGUGGUGUGGGUCAUCGGGACAGUGCACUCCUCUUCUGCCUGCCUCCCCUUGCCUGAGGUUUGGGGGGCUGCAGUCUCAGGAAGAGCUUGGUACUUGUGGGAACUUGUUUUCUCCCUGUGGACAUCAGUGACGACUCUGGAAUAAAGCUGCUUCCACCUCCACCUGGCUCUUCAGCAGGCUCACAAUAAGAAGCAAUUAAUUCUGGUGCUCAGGCUGCGCUUUAGCACCCAGGUGUGGCCAGAGUGGUACAUCUGACCUAAUGGAUGUUCCUUCAUGGGCCGCCAGGCUGCACUGGAUUGGACAGCCGUUCAGUGUUGCUUCCAGAAACUCAUCCUGGACCCAGAAGAACCUGCUGGCUUGGUAUGCCCCCAUGGGGUUCUUGUCCUUAGGUUUUGAAAUCAAGCAAUGAUAAAGACAGGAACUAUGAGGCAAUCUACCUUUCUGAGCAUUCUUCACCAUACUGGCCCUAGCUACAGACAAGGGAGUGACCUUGGUCAUACUUGUUCAAUUAAGGCAAUUUAGGGGAGCAUGCCCACAGCUGCCUUUGAUUCAGGGUAUGCCUCUGUGAGAACACAGGAGUACAUUCCUCCUGUCAUGGGUUGUGGAUUUGCCUGACAACAGGGAGUCUUUUGCAAAGGCUGACUUGCCCGGACUAUGUAAACAUGACUCCUGUCUGACCCAAGCUGGCACCUAUCCCAGGGAUCCUCUGGAGCUAAUCCUUCAAGUCAAGUAUGCUUGUCUUGAAGGAUCCCCCACCCAUGCUUUAAUUUUCUUCACUGAAGUAAAUGACCAGUUUAUCUCAGGAACUUGUCUCCCAGUGGCUGCUAGGGAAGCAAGGGCCUCACGCUCUAGGCUCCCUCAUACUUGCUUAGUGAGCCAGGUCACCCCCUCAUUACUGGAUGGUGACCAUGUUCUUCCCCUCUGUGUUGGAUACAGACUUCUCCCGGGAACCUUUCUGAGGGAGGGAAGCCAGAGACUCCCUACAGCACUACAGCUUUGUAGUAUAAUUAAUGUCUUAUUUGUUGUUUAUCUCCUUCAGUCCUUCUCGUAGUGUGCUAAUCCCUUCUGCAGUGGGUACAGUUUGUGAAGCUGUCAGCCCUUUAAUACUGGCAAACUUUAAUGAGUACAUAAGAGCAGUGAGCACGUUAUAAUAGCAGAGUGGUUUUCAAUCCUUUGCUUCUAUGCCUGCAGAAGACUGAGAUGACUGGUAUUAAACUUGGAAGUUGUUGCCUGUUACUUGCAGCACUGAACUGCACCUUAGUGGAUACUAAGGAUAGGAAACCAAGUCUGUCUGUUGGUUUUAUAACUGCAAGAGUAGGACAGAAGUGAGUCACUUUAGGAGGUUUAACAACUUCAUGUAGAUAAGAAUAUAGGCAAAGUUGUACAAAAAAUAUAAAGUGAAAUGGAUGGAGGUAGGAUAGAAAAGUAGAAAUGCUUAUGAAAUCUUAGAAUGGGCAGGAAGACAUUUUCUUGUUUAUCUUCCCAUGUGAGAGUAAGUCUGUGCCCCAGGGCAAGAGGGCACACCUUGAAUCAAAGGUUCUGUGUAUUUUUUCCCUAGACCUGUGCAACAUGGUAGCUACUAGCCAUAAAGAGCUAGUGGAAGUAUUCACUACAAUAUUGUAAAGUAAUUAGCCUCCAACUAAUAUAAAUAAAUGGGAAAAAAAAAAGUAUUCAGUUUCUCCACUGCAAUAAUCACAUUUCACAUGCUCAAUAGCCAUAUGUGGCUAAUGGCUACUCCUGCACAGUGCAGAUAGAGAACAUAUUCGUCAUUACAAAAUAAAUGCCAUCUUAGUCAGAGUUAAGGCAUUUGUAAGGUUUGGAAAGGAGUAGGGACAGAGUUUGCUUACAAGAGAUACCAGUUUUGGUAACAAUACUGGUCCUGUUGAUGGCAGUUUGUUUUUGGUGACUGCUGUGACUAGUUAAAACAUUUCUCAGUGGAAAGCCAAGUUUAGGAUGUGCUUUGCUUUUCCUCACUUGCUUUAAGUCCUCAGUGUUUCAAACUUCUCACUCCCUUUUGGCAGGUGUUGGGGGAGCCAGGGAAUAUGGUGGGAAAACAUGUAAGACAGAUUUUACUUGCUCCCAAUGUUCAAAGUUU